CCCCCAAAUACCCUCCACAUCACACACACACACACACACACACCCACAUCCGAGGAUUUUUGCUUUGCUGGUCAACCCUCUACCUCGAGCAGCACGAUACAUAUAUCGCCGCGGUAUUGUCUUGGAUACCUACCUAGGCAGGCAACCCCUCCAUCGCCCUGGGUCGAGCUUCCCAAGCUCCCAGACCUGACGUCAUGGCGUCCACCAUGGCCCUAGCGCGGCUCGCGCCGAUGCAGAUGCGCGGCGCCCUGACCGCCAGGCAGAUCAUCACGUCCGCCGCCCGCCGCCCGCUGCAGCCAGCCGGCAGCGCCCUGCUGCUGAGGAGGCAGUACGCCACCGGAGGUGCCCCCGAGGCCCAGCUCUCGCCCGCGCCGAAGAAGCCGAGGCGGUUCCGAAAACUGCGCUGGGCCUGGCGCCUGACCUACCUGUCGCUGCUCGGCGGCCUUGGCUACACGGGAUACUCCAUCUACAAGGAGAGGCAUCCCGACGAGCAGAUCGAGCCUGACCCCUCCCGCAAGACUCUCGUGAUCCUCGGCACCGGCUGGGGCUCCGUCUCCCUCAUCAAGAACCUGGACGUCGAGAACUACAACGUCGUUGUCAUAUCGCCGCGCAACUACUUCCUCUUCACCCCGCUGCUACCGUCGUGCACCACUGGCACCAUCGAGCACCGGUCCAUCAUGGAGCCCAUAAGGACCAUCCUGCGCAACAAGAAGGCCCGCGUCAAGUACUACGAGGCCGAGGCCAGCAGCGUCGACCCGGACCGCAAGGUGGUCAAGAUCGUCGACAACUCCGAGGUCAAGGGCGACGUGUCGGGCACCGAGGUGCCCUACGACAUGCUCGUCGUCGGCGUCGGCGCCGAGAACGCCACUUUUGGCAUUCCCGGCGUGCGCGAGCACUCGUGCUUCCUCAAGGAGAUCGGCGACGCCCAGUUCAUCCGCAAGAAGAUCAUGGACUGCGUCGAGACGGCCGCGUUCAAGGACCAGACCCCGGAGGAGAUCGACCGCCUGCUGAGCGUGGUGGUGGUCGGCGGCGGCCCCACGGGCGUCGAGUUCGCCGGCGAACUGGCCGACUUCUUCGAGGAGGACAUCCGCAAGCUCAUCCCCGAGAUUAGCGACCGGUUCAGGGUCACGCUUGUCGAGGCCCUGCCCUCGGUCCUGCCCAGCUUCUCCAAGCAGCUGAUCGAGUACACCGAGAGCACGCUCAAGGAGGAGAAGAUCCAGAUCGAGACCAAGACCAUGGUCCAAAAGGUGACGGACAAGACGGUCGAGGCCACCACGACCCGGCCCGACGGCACCAAGGAGCGGCGCGUGCUCCCCUACGGCCUCCUGGUCUGGGCCACGGGCAAUGCCGUCCGCCCGCUCGUCAAGGACCUGUGCGCCAGGAUCCCGGCCCAGAAGGACUCGCGCCGCGGCCUGGCCACCAACGAGUACCUGGUGGUGCAGGGCGCGCGCGACAUCUGGGCCAUCGGCGACUGCGCCGUGGCCGGCUACGUGCCGACGGCCCAGGUGGCGUCGCAGGAGGGCGCCUUCCUGGCCCGCCUCUUCAACAACAUGGCCAAGACCGAGGCGGUCGAGGCGAGGAUACAGGACCUGAGCUCGUCGCUCAACCUCAAGCCGGGCGUCAACGCGGCCGAGAUCAGCGCCCAGAUCGCCGAGCACGAGCGCAAGCUCCGCCGCGUCAAGGACAUCAAGCCCUUCCACUACUCGCACCAGGGCUCGCUCGCCUACAUCGGCUCCGACAAGGCCGUCGCCGACAUCAGCUGGCUCGACGGCAACUUUGCCACGGGCGGCCGUCUGACAUACCUGUUUUGGCGGAGCGCCUACCUGUCCAUGUGCUUCAGCGGUCGGAACCGGAUAUUGGUCAUCAACGACUGGCUGAAGUCCAAGCUCUUUGGUCGUGACGUGUCCCGUGAAUAAGGACACCGAGCCCUUGGAUCGGCCACGCUUGCCUUUGUUGCUUAUUCGAUUUCCUUGCCUGGAACCAUGGAGUUUUGUGCGACAAGCGGCCCCCCUUGCGAUUUUGUUUGUUUUUUUUCAUAGACCGGGACGAUGGGGCCAAGGAGAGCAUAAUGGAAACGGAUAGACUUGUGUGUUCUUUAGGUAAUUUGCGGGGGGGGAUUUUUUUUUCCUGUUCGGCCUUUUUUCUUCUUCGCAAUCUAGAAUCUUGGCAGGCAGGCAGACAGCCGUCAUUGGUUUUCUUUUCGGCCUUGGUUCUUUUCUGCUUUGGAAUUCGCGAUGAGAUUUCUACGGGCCCAACCUGCUGAGACCUGUGCUUGUUCGUGGAGACGUCAAAAAGUGUGGGUGGUCAAAGACAGCUUGGGUUUUUAGGUUUGGGAAAACAGGAAUGGAUAUUACCUGCUAGUGACUCGGAAUGAGAUCUGCACAAUGUAACAUGCCCAACCACAGCGCCUCCGUUUUCUCUUCCUUGUCC